AUGAGUAAAAUGGUUACUGAAAAAGAAAGAGAAGGGUUUAUAGGUAGAAAUUCUAUCGAGAAUCGUGAAAAACGUGAAAGAGGUAGUAAACAUAGUGUGAGUGCCAGACAUGAUGAUGUGGCAUUAUCGCCGGUGAUUAAUAAUCCUAGACGGCUGAAGUCGGUUAUUGCUUUUGCCGAUCAUAGGUAUGAUGAUGAAGAUGAUGUGGAGAAAAGCAGCUGGGCCAUCAACCCACACGAAGAAGAGAUUGUGUAUGACCAAAAUGAUUACCCUUCUCUCAAAAGUCCAGACAGUAAUGAAGAGGGAACUAAAAUGGAGCUUGGUGAUCAAUCUCACGGUAAUUCGAGUAAGAUGAUUGGUGUAAAAGAUGGUGAUCGUCAGAUGGAAGCCGUGGAUAUGGAUAAUGCUGAUAAGGGGAAAGAGGUUGACGAUAAGUCUGUUCUUGAAUCGAUUUUGAGGCAACGAGCCUUGGAAAAUCUGAAGAAUUUCAAAGGGAGGCUUCAAACAACAGGUCAAACAAGCUUGAAUUUGGAAAUGAAUGAAAAGAGUCUGAAGAAGUUCAAAGGGAGGCUUCAAACAACAGGUCAAACAAGCUUGAAUUUGGAAAUGAAUGAAAAGAGUAAUGAGAAAAUGCCGCCAGAUGUAACAACGGUUAGCUCUGAUUUUCAAAGAACGAACCAGAAUAGCGGGCCCUCACAAAAAAGUGAUCUUUCUCAGAUAACAGAUGCUUGGAGUCUCCUGGAUAGUGAAAAUGUCGAGAAAGAACAUGGAAUAAUCAUACAUACUUCCGAGCAGCUAAAUGAGGACAAAUACAUGAAUUCUGAUGCUGGCCUGAAUAAAACUGUUUCACGAGUCGACACUUGUCCGGGAACCGAGACUACACGUGCUGGCAUUAAUUCAAAUUCAAAACCAUCUUCUUCUUCUGUUGGGGAGCAUAAGUUAGAGAGAGAAAAUGACGCUAAGGAUGGUUCUUUUGAACAGAAAAAUAUGUCUGUGAUGAGGGGAGGGAAAAUGGUACAGGUAAGUGUUCGUAUGUGGAUUUAA